AUGGGCGAUCAUAUAGCAAGGGCCGAGGACUUCGACCGCCGAGCCGAGAAGAAGCUUGCCGGCUGGGGUCUAUUCGGCUCCAAAUAUGAAGACGCCGCCGAUCUAUUCGACAAAGCCGCCAACGCUUACAAACUCGCCAAAUCAUGGGAUCAGGCCGGAGCAGUUUAUGUUAAGUUGGCCAACUGUCACUUAAAGUUAGAUAGCAAGCAUGAAGCCGGUAACGCAUAUGCUGAUGCCGCUCAUUGCUACAAGAAGUCUAACACGAAAGAGUCUAUAUCGUGCUUGGAAGAGUCUGUAAAUCUAUUCAUGGAUAUUGGAAGGCUUAAUAUGUGUGCCAGAUAUUAUAAGGAAAUAGCUGAGUUGUAUGAGCAAGAACAGAACUUGGAACAAGCUAUUGUUUACUAUGAAAAAGCUGUUGAUCUUUUCCAAAGUGAAGACGCGACAACAUCUGCAAAUCAGUGCAAGCAGAAAAUUGCGCAGUAUGCAGCUCAGUUGGAACAAUAUCCAAAGGCCAUCGAGAUCUAUGAAGAUAUAGCACGACAGUCACUCAACAACAACUUGCUGAAGUAUGGAGUAAAAGGGCACCUUCUUAAUGCUGGAAUUUGCCAGCUGUGCAAGAAUGAUAUCGUUGCUAUCAACAAUGCAUUAGACCGAUAUCAGGAACUCGAUCCAACAUUUUCCGGAACACGCGAGUACAAAUUGCUAGCGGAUUUAGCUGCUGCCAUUGAUGAGGAAGAUAUGGGCAAGUUUACAGAUGCAGUCAAGGUAUUCGAUAGCAUGACCCAGCUGGAUGCUUGGAAGACAACACUACUGUUGAGAGUGAAGGAAGCCUUGAAGGCCAAAGAGCUUGAGGAAGAUGAUCUUACUUGA